AUGAGAUCAGUAAGCGCUAAUGCGGAGCCAGCCCUCGUCUCGCCCAAGAAGGAAGCGCUGCCUAUAUCCUGGGCUGAAGUGCUACCGGCUGCGGAGUCCAGUACCGAAGCCGAUUUUAGCGAUAUUGACAUGGCUGAGAUAGUGACAUCGGAAACUGAGGCUGCUCAACAUCAACCAACUACGCAAGACACAUUGCAUGUAACGAACAACGAUGACGAUGUCAGUAUUACCGGAGUGAAGCCAACUGAAAUGCACUAUCCUCUACAGCUGUGGUUGGAGGCGUUGGGAGGGGAGGGUCUAUCACCGACGUGGAGGCAAAUGGCCAAUGCGGCUGGUCAGCGCUUUUUGCUGCCAUGCACAACAUACACGAGGACUCCCUCCAACUGA